AGAUGGAAUGCAUUGAUGAGGGGCUGCUACAGUUCUGUGCAAACAAACUGAAACUGUUACAUCUUCAUGAGUCAGUCAUCAGUCUAAAUUCUGUGGCUAUGCCAUCUGAAACUGUACCAUCUGAUAAUGACUUGGCUAAACUACUCAGAUUAGAAGAAAAAGAGUUUACUAGGCUACAGAUGUUAUUGGAGAACUACAAGCAGUUGAAUACCCAGACUUCUGUUCACUUUGCGGAGGAUAAAGAUGGCAAACUACCUGUGAAAACCUUCUUGGAGUAUUUGGAUUAUGAGAAGGAUGUGAUUCAUGUGAAGAAGUUGGAAGAGAAGGAAUAUGUGGCUUUAGGAAGCUUUUUUUUCUGGAAAUGUUUACAUGGAGAAAGUUCAACAGAAGAAAUGUGUGAGACACUCAUGUCUGCAGGCUUUAGCCCCCAGCUAUUAUUGUCCCUGGUUCUCAGUGUAUGGCUUGCUAAGGAAAAAGAUAUGCUACAUAGAACACAAUCCGUUUGUUGCCUUCAUGCAGCGCUGUCCCUUCUUAGCAAAAUGACAGUUGCUAUAGAUGAGUCCUGGGAUUCUCAGUCAGUCUCCCCCUGGUGGCAACAAAUGCGCACUGCCUGUAUUCAGUCUGAAAAUAAUGGUGCAGCCUUUUUAUCUGCCCAUGUUGGGCAUUCUGUCACAGCACAGAUCACCGAUAGCAUAGCAGAGAAAAAGUUUUCCCAUAUAACUAUAGGUGCUGAUACAGAUCCUUGGGAAGCCCUUUCGCUCGAUACGGAAUACUGGAAACUUCUGCUGAAACAGCUGGAGGAUUGCCUAAUACUUCAGACACUCCUGCUCAGUAAAGUGAGCAAGAAGGCAAGCCAAGUCUCCUCUCUGCAGACUGAGCCACUCGGCAGACUCUCUGUCAAGAAGCUGCUUGAGGGAGGAAAAGGAGGCAUUGCUGACAGUGUAGCAAAAUGGGUGUUUAAACAAGACCUCAGCUUGGCAUUACUCAGACUGGCACAGAAGAGAGAAGAGUCUGAAAGCGAAGAGGAAAUGCAGCAGACAGAGAGUCAUUUUCUAGCGGAAAGUGUAGAAGACCAGCCUGGCUUUGAAACGGUACUAGAAUUACUGCGUUUAGCAUAUCAGCAGUUCCCUUGUAGCCUGGAGAUGGAUGUACUCCAUGCACAUUGCUGUUGGGAGUAUGUUGUGCAGUGGAACAAAGACCCAGAGGAAGCCCGUUUUCUCAUCAGAUCUAUAGAACAUCUCCGAUGUAUCACCAGUGCUCAUGUUCAGCAUGGUAUUGCUCUAAUGAUGUGGAACACAUUCAUCGUAAAAAGGCUUUCUGCAGCUACUUACUUAAUGGACAAGGUGGGAAAAGCACCAAAGGACAGAUUAUGCAGAAGGGAUGUAGGAAUGAGUGACACUGCAAUGACCUCUUUUCUUGGCUCUUGCUCAGAUCUUCUUCAGACCCUGAUGGAGGCUGAUAUACGGAGCGAUGAAAUGCAGCUUCCUGUGCUGGACACAGAAGAUGCUUGGGUGUCUGUGGAAGGUCAGACCUCAUUAGUGGAGCUGGCUCUUGAACAGAAGCACAUCCAUUACCCCCUUGUGGAACACCAGUCUGUGCUCUGCAUGCUCCUAUACACGAUAAUGAAGUUUUCCUUGAAGAGCGUGAAGCCCCUUUCUCUCUUUGAUAGUAAGGGUAAAAAUGCCUUUUUCAAAGACCUGACUUCAAUUCAGUUGCUUCCUAGUGGUGAUGUAGAUCCAGCUCUGCUCUCUGUCCGGCACCAGUUCUUAACGAAACUAGUGAGCGCCUUGGUGCAAGCCCAAGCAUCUUCCCAGAAGACAAAGGACAAUCCAGAAGAGACCUUGAAUGUGUCGGUGAAGGAUCGAGAUUGGCCAGCCCUGGUUUUAGACUUGGCUCAGCACCUUCAGGUCAAUGAGGAUGUGAUCCAACGGCACUAUGUGUGUGAGCUGUACAAUUAUGGCCUGGAUCAACUGGGAGAAGAGGCCAUUCUUCAGGUCCACGACAAAGAGGUCCUUGCAUCUCAGCUCUUAGUGCUGACAGGACAGAGGCUAGCCUAUGCCCUACUGCACACCCAGACAAAGGAAGGCAUGGAGCUACUGGCCAGGCUACCUCCAACCCUCUGCACGUGGCUUAAAGCGAUGGACCCCCAGGAUCUUAAAAAUGUGGAUGUGCCAAUUACCACAACUGCAAAAUUAGUGGAUAAAGUGAUAGAACAUUUGCCAGAAAACCAUGGGCAGUACAGUGUUGCCUUGAACCUGAUUGAAGCAGUGGAAGCAAUGUCAUGAUGGCAACAUCACUAAUUCUGCCAAAAGCUUCCAACAGUUCUCUAGUGUUAGUUACAUGCAUGACACUUCAACAGACAAAAAACAGAACUAGCAACACAAAACAGUACUGAGUGCCACUGGUAAAGUAACAACAUAAGAUUUUUAGGACAUGGCAUUGAUGUGAAAUUCUACCUUACUGUGGUAGGGAAUACCAGCAGUGACACCUUUGUAUAUUAUGUCUAUAAUCCUAAAUAUUUAUUUCCAGCUCCAAGCACUUGUGCAGUAGUUUAGGUUUUAAGAACGGUAUUUAUGCUGUUCAAAUUAAUAUGUUGAGAACUCUUUAUAUGCUAAAAGGUAGACUGCUGCUUUUCUACACGUGGACGAAAGGAAUUUAAUCAGAAGUUGAGAAAGCAGAGCUGCUACACAUUUGUUUGCUUGGGGAAGCGUCUCAUCUUCAAAGUAAUACAGUAGCUUCAUUUAGCAAGAGCUACUGGCAAGACACAUCAUUGACAGAUGACUUGGUCCAGUUUCCUUGGGAAAACAGCAACUUAACAUUUUGAAGGAUGUAUCAAUAUAGGAACCAGAAAUAUUUCCUCUUGAAUAUUUUGACAAGCUAUGGAAAAUAAAAUCAGGAAUCCAAUUUAAGCAAAUCACGUUAUAUAGAAAUACUAAGUUUUUUUUGUAACAGCUACCACCAUUGUACAGUCUGUUGUAAAGAUGUUAUAAAUUGUGUCAGCUAUUAGGUUCCCUCUGUUUUCUGCUUUCCAUAUAUAGCUAUUGAUGAUACAAAGUAUUAAAACUAAACUUGACAUUC